AUGAAAAUACACCAAGUCAUCGUCACUGAAAAUAAAAAUACCGUUAAAUACAGAGCGCUAAGCUGCUUCUGCAUGCGAGGUAACUGCGACUGCGUUUCUACUAAAACUCACGUUCUUAUAAGAGAAAUCAAUGAAAAACAACCAAGAGUUCGUAGAGAUAGAUUCAGGAAAAUUAUGAUAAAAAUAGAUUCGUCUUCCGAAGAUACGGAUACGGAGAUCGAAUAUGCCGAAAGCGAUCAAUCUGAUUGGAAUGAAGCUGGAUAUUUUGAUGAUAAUGAUCCAGAAGAGCAGGAAACCUGCAGAGAAAAAACAGAGAAAACAAUGUUAUCUGAAAAAAUAAUACAGAAUAAGACUGUACCAGAGAUUGAAAAUCACUUAAGAACAGAAGAUGUAAUAUUAAAAACAAAUACAGAAGAAGAAAAGGUGUUACAGAUAGAAUUAGAUAGUGACAUGCAAAAAGGAUCAGAAAGUAAAGGAAAAAAGAAUGGAAACAGUGAAGUGAAAAUCCUCGCCGAUGUAAGAAAUACGCCUGAAAACAGUGGUUUUUAUUUUAAAACAUUUGGGAAGCUUACAGAAAUAGGUUUAGACUUUGAUAUAUUACGUAAGAAAAAUAUGGAGGUACUACGUAGGAUAUGUUCAGAAAAUUCACAAUGA